AUGCAUCUACUAAUUGUUAUGAGUGUAAUUGUCUACGCUAGUGCCGAUAUCGUCCAGGGAGACAAAGUGUUUCGUAAGUGUUGUCCAAACAAUCAAAGUUUAAUGAAAGUGUUCGAUGAUGAAUCCUUCAACUUUAGCUCUACUUAUAAGUGUUUAGAUCGUGAAAGUGCGCGGAAUGACUACAACAUUACCAUAAUUCCCUUUUUGUUGGUAAAAAUCUCUCAGUGGAGUAUGGAAUACCUGAAAUAUGUGAUGAUUUUCCAAUACAGGAGAUAUCUGUUAUAGAUUUAAACAGUGCAGUGGUUUUUAAUGGCUGUUACGAUAGGCUUGUGGCAGAAUUACAUAAUGACACAGUAAAAACAAUAAUUCCUUUAAUCGUAGGAUUAAAAAGUUGUGUCGAAAAUGAAGAUAAUAAGACAUCUGCAAAUGCUUUAACCAUUCAUAACUACCGGAAAUGUUGUCCAAGAGGACAGAGCUACGACAGUAAUUUUCAUAUAUGUAGAGACACUGAAGUGAAUAACUCUGAAGAAUGGUUAUUGAAGCGAUUAAAAAUGAAAGAUAAUUAUAUUUAUGAGGUGGAUACUGGCCUGCACUGUGAAACUGAUGAGUAUAGCAUAGAGUUAAGGCAGAGGUUCUUUUCACUUCAAGUGGACGGAAGUACCUUAAAGAUAUUUAGUAAAAAAGGCGACGGUAGCGGCGAUGCUGUGCCAGGACAGUGGUGUGUGGACCGGGAGUUCUCGAGUUCGGAGCUGGUGGCGCGCGUAUGUUCUAGUGAUUGUUCCAAGUACGGUGCGUUUUGUGUGAGGAAGUGUUGUCCCAUCGGGUACCACUACAAGCCUCGGCGCUGUGGCAGCUUCGCGAGCAAGUGUGUGCCGAAUGUGGAUGAUGUGUUAUUUAAUAUAUCAGACUAUAUGGAGCCAUUGCAACAUAAGAAUCCGGAAAUAACAGAUGUAAUGGGGUUUCGCAUCGAUUUGCACUGCAAUGCCGGUCGUGUGGUGUUAAACAAGUCCGUGGAACGGGACCGACAUCGGUUGAGAUCUGAUGGUCGCUGAUUUCACCAAUCAGUGUGGGCGAUGGCUACUGUUUCGAGGCUUUUGAUAGCCGCUUCUGUCCUGACGGUAACAUCUUCAUCACUGCGUCAACUGCUUCAUAAAGGCUCCCGAAGUCGUGAAGAACUUUCAAGUAUCAUUCUUCUUGAUCAGUAUAUCGAGCGUGUGCCUAGCGCUGACGCUGUUGGUGUAUAUAUCACUUCCGGAGCUCCGGAAUCUGCAUGGACGUACCCUCAUCUGCCAUGUCAGUAUGAUGCUGCUCGCGUUUGGCUGCCUCGCGCGUGCCCAACACAGCCGAGUAGCUGACAACACUACCUGCACUCUUAUUGGGUACGGGAUCUACUUCGGCUUCGUGGCCGCGUUCGCCUGGCUCAACGUCAUGUGCUUCGACAUCUGGUGGACAUUUGGGAGUGUCCGCUCCGUUCAGCCGAUGCGCAAAGCUAACACAGAGUUACGUCGGUUUCUCUGGUACUCCUUGUACGCGUGGAGUACAGCGGUCCUCCUCACUCUCGUCAUGUUCAUCUUCGACAAGUACCCGGUCUCCGACUACCUGGACGCCAACAUGGGGGAAGGAUUAUGCUGGUUCGGAACUUAUCAGAACGCGCGGAAUGACUGGCCGCACUACAUCUACUUUGUAAUUCCCAUGGGGCUUGUGACGUGCACCAACUUCGUACUCUGGGUGCUGACCGCUCGACACUGCGCGAGGGUCAAGUCCGAGGUUCAUCGCCUCCAAGCCGGCUCCGUCGGUGACCGAGUCAAGAGACGAUUCCGAGUCGACAGGGCAAAGUACGUGUUGACCGGUAAACUCUGGAUAGUGAUGGGUGCCGGCUGGAUCUCCGAGCUAAUGUCCACGAUAGUAUCACAGCCGUGGUGGUUGUGGACCAUCAUCGACCUAAUCAACGAGCUCCAAGGAGUUUUUAUCUUCCUCAUUCUGGUUAUGAAACCCAAACUUUAUUAUCUCAUCAGAAAGAGGCUAGGUUGUUCAUCGAUACCGAAUGACACAAGAUUGGAGAAGCCAGAUGCUCAGAAGAACGGUACAUCAUCGUCAGCACGGACGUCUUCCACGUUCCUGUCUCGAGCGCUCAGCACUGACGAGCGCACCAACACGCGGCUCUCUCUACAGAACAAUGUCAAGCAGCCCUAA